CUCGCUGCGGCAGCUGUCGUGCUGGAAAUCUGUCGGGAUGAAACCGCCAUCAAGGCUGUGUGUCCCCGGCACGAGAGGCCCUUGAUCGCAAUGCAUCCCCCUGUCAGUCGCUAACUGGGAAAAACGGCUGCCUGCAAUCACUCUUUCGCUUCAUUCACCUUGAAUGAAGACGUGCGGUCACUCUCUUUUUGUCUCUCUCUCCUGAUGGCAUUCGCCUCAACAGUAAAAUACGGCUCCCUCUCUUUACCUUUAAUAAUCUUGAAUCGUUAGCUUUGUCCGGGAAUGGGACUCGUUUUGACAGCAUGAUAUUCCUCCGCCAGGUUUGGACUUUGUUCCUGAAAAAUAUCCUGAUAACGCUCGUUCGCCCUUGGUUUACUACCUCGAUUCGCGCAUUUCUCUUGCCCGUUAUCUUCGUUGCAUUCUUGUCUUAUGCCCGUAAUUUGUUCAUUCCGCCGGCGGAAUUUGGCAUCGGCGAACCAACUCCCGUCCGAUCUUUGCCCGACGCUCUCGGCGCUGUCUCUGGUGGGAGAGACAAAGUAGUGUUCGUUAACAAUGGAUUUACUGGAGGAGCCAUCGAUCGGGUGAUCGCACGGGUCGCAGAGCCCGUCAGAUCGAGUGGGAAGAAAGUGGAAAUCCUCUCUUCUCCGGAUCAGCUGGCCGAUGCCUGCAAAAGUACAUUACUAGGCACCAGUUACUGCAUAGCAGCUGCAGUGUUUUAUUCGUCUCCCACCGAGGGUCCCGAUGAAAAAUGGAAUUAUACGCUCAAGGCGGAUGGCAGCUUGGGCGGCGGCAAGAUUCGGACCACGGAUAUUGACAAUGAUGCUGAGAUCUAUAUUAUUCCAUUCCAGCAUGCAGUGGAUUGGGCUAUUGCAUCUGUCGAUGAUACAAAUAACGGUGGCUUGCCCCAACAAGAGGUUCUGGAAUACCCGUACACGUCGAAAACUGCAGAAGAACGAAGACAGACUAUUCGCAUUCGUUAUAUGGGCGCAAUUAUUGACAUCCUUGCCAUCGCGUUUCUGAUUGGCAUUGUCGGUGUGACAUAUCAACUCACGGGCCUAGUCGCAGCUGAACGUGAAUUGGGCAUGAGCCAGCUUAUCGAUUGUAUGAUGCCGAAUAAUGCACUCUGGCAAGCACAGGCUGCCCGAUCCGUUGCUGCACAUCUCGCAUUGGAUGCGAUUUAUGCACCGGGAUGGAUCGUAAUUGCAAUCAUCUUGAGCCUGGGCGUAUUCAGCAACACAUCGCCCGGGAUUCUGCUUAUAUUUCAUCUCUUAGCCGGCCUUUCUUUAUCCUCAUUUUCAUUAUUUGGUGCAUCUUUUUUCAAAAGAGCGCAGCUCAGUGGAAUAUCCGUGACUAUUGCUUGCCUCUUGCUGGGUAUCAUUUCUCAAAUUGUCGGUCCGGAAAGCAACGGCGGCGUUGCAAUUCUUUCUCUUCUAUUUCCUCCUAUGAAUUACAUCAACUUCACAAUAUUAAUGGCACGCUGGGAACGACAAAAUCUUCCAACCAAUAUGGUCAAGUCUGCCCCAGAAAGUCCAUGGACCAUCCCAGGGAUUGCUUUUUGGAUUUUUUUUAUCGUCCAGAUCCUAGUUUAUCCAGUUCUCGGUGCAUGGAUUGAACGGCUAUUCUAUGGAACGCAGUGCAAAGACAGGAAGACCACAAGAUCCAAUGAAACUACGACCGCUGUUUCAUUAAAUAGAUUCACUAAAAUAUACAGGCCCAACUGGUUUUACAGAAAGAUCGGCCCGAUGCUCGGUAGCCGACGGCAAGAAGUAUUGGCCGUUGACGACCUGACCCUUGAAGUGGGUAAGGGUGAGAUUAUGGUCUUGCUUGGUGCUAAUGGAAGUGGGAAGUCCACCACACUGGACGCGAUUUCUGGCCUCUCAAAGAUCUCUGCUGGACAAGUUGCGGUUAACUAUACCGAGACGGGCGGUGGGUUUGGAUUGUGUCCUCAGCGAAAUGUUCUAUGGGAUCGUCUGACCGUCCUGGAGCAUGUUCGGAUAUUCAAUAGUCUGAAGGCAGCCAACAAGGUUGACACUAAGGAGAGGCUCCUCGAACUUAUCACAGCAUGUGACCUAGAUAAAAAGACAACUGCCCAGUCGCGAACCUUAUCUGGCGGACAGAAGAGAAAGCUCCAGUUGGCUAUGAUGUUCACUGGAGGAUCGUCCGUUUGCUGUGUUGAUGAGGUUUCUUCGGGCCUCGAUCCGAUAUCAAGGAGAAAGAUCUGGGAUAUUUUACUCGCUGAGCAGGGAGAGCGGACAAUUCUGCUGACUACGCAUUUUUUGGAUGAAGCCGACCUUUUGGCGGAUCAUAUUGCCAUCCUGUCUAAGGGUUCCCUAAAAGUUACAGGAUCAAGUGUCGAGCUUAAGAAUCGCCUUGGGUCGGGUUAUCGAGUUCAUGUAUAUCACGGUCCGGGUCCCGAAAAGUCGUUUGUAUCGACCUUUAGGAGUGAACCGUCGGAAAAACAGAACGAUCACAUUGUUUACAGUCUUCCAGACUCUUCAGAGGCGGCAAUUUUUGUUACGGCACUGGAGCGACUUGGAAUUUCAGAUUACUCUGUUAGUGGCCCAACUAUCGAAGAUGUGUUCCUGAAAGUAGCGGAAGAGGUUCAGCUCCGACCAAUCCUCCCCAAAGACGAGAAGUUCAGUGAUGUCAAGGAAUCUCAACAAACCCUAGACCUCUUAACCGGGAAACGCAUUGGGAUGGCGCAGCAAACUUGGGUCUUGUUUUGCAAAAGAGCCACAAUUCUCCGCCGGAAUUGGCUUCCUUACUUGGCUGCUUUCUUCAUUCCUAUCAUUGCUGCUGGUUUGGUGACACUAUUCCUAAAGAAUUUCAAGCGGCCUGGCUGUUCCGGCCCGGGAACUACGCUCGAAUUCGAUAUCGAAUCUCUCUUAUCCCAAGUUGAUCUUGAGUUAGUUAUUGGCCCAGCAAACAGGGUUACACCGUCGUCGAUAGGCGAAUUCGCGAGCUCUUUGCCUGGCUCCUCCUCUCCUAAUUUCAAUGCCUCAAUUCUCAACAACACACAUAUCGUUAACACACUGGAGGAAUUCAACAAUUAUAUCGACAAUAAUUUCCGAAACGUAACCCCAGGAGGUUUCUUCCUGGGCGAUGAAUCCUCGCCGCCAACCUUUGCUUGGAAGGGAAACGGAGAUAUAUCGCUCCCCGUGAUUGUUCAAAACGCAAUGGACAAUCUCCUGACGAACGUCUCAAUCAGCACGCAAUAUCAAAGCUUCGAGCUUCCUUUUGCCGAGAACUCGGGUCAAGCUCUCCAGCUGAUCGUUUACUUCGGUCUAGCUCUCUCCGUUUACCCGGCCUUUUUCUCCCUUUAUCUCACUGUCGAGCGACUCAGGAACGUCCGCGCACUUCACUAUAGCAAUGGGGUCCGAAGCUUUCCACUCUGGCUUGCCUAUCUCUGCUUUGAUUCUCUGAUUGUACUUGCAGUCAGUGUUUUGGUGAUUAUCAUCUUUAGGGGGGUCUCGGAUACAUGGUACUAUCCGGGAUACCUGUUUGUUGUCCUACUCCUCUACGGUAUUGCCGCAACUCUCUUUGCAUAUGUCAUAUCACUUUUGGCAAAAUCUCAACUGGCUGCGUUUGCUUUUUCUGCAGGCGCUCAAGCGGUCAUGUUUCUCCUCUACUUCAUUGCCUACAUGUCAGUUCUGACGUACGCUCCGACUACUCGAGUAAACAGUCUGAUUACCACAAUGCAUUUUGUGAUUGCGGCUCUCGCUCCAAUCGGCAAUGUUACGAGGUCCAUAUUUACGGCCCUCAACAUCUUUUCCACUCUCUGCAGAGGCAAAGAAGUUGCAUCAUACCCGGGAGAGAUCAAAUUAUACGGAGGUCCUAUCCUUUAUCUUGUUCUUCAGUCAAUAUUUCUUUUCGGGUUCUUGAUCUGGUGGGAUAGUGGACCUGUCCUUCGUAGAUUCCGGAAGGAAACCAAAGAAGAAGAUCCAGAAGAGGAUCUCAGCGGGGAUGAAGACCUCAAUAAUGAACUUACCCGAGUCUCGAGCUCUAGCGAUGGCCUCAGGGUUCUGCACCUGACGAAGUCAUUUGGGAAAUUUAUUGCUGUCCAAGAUGUCACAUUUGGAGUAGCACGGGGCGAAGUGUUUGCAUUGCUUGGACCUAACGGCGCAGGAAAAUCGACAACUAUAAGUCUUAUUAGAGGUGACAUUCAACCAUCUCGGAAAGGCGGAGAGGUCUUUGUCGAGAAUGUAUCGGUUACUAAGCAGCGUGCCACCGCGCGAGCUCACUUAGGUGUAUGUCCACAGUUCGAUGCGAUGGAUCAAAUGACGGUUUUGGAACACUUGAGGUUCUAUGCUCGCAUCCGCGGGAUUUCGGACGUUGAACACAACGUCAGCGAAAUUAUCUGGGCAGUUGGUCUUCACCCGUUCCGCCAUCGCAUGGCGGCCAAGCUAUCGGGAGGAAACAAGAGGAAAUUGUCGCUUGGAAUUGCAUUGAUGGGCAAUCCAACGGUCCUUUUGCUUGACGAACCUUCGUCCGGAAUGGAUGCCGCCUCCAAGCGAAUCAUGUGGCGCACCCUCGCAGCAGUUGUGCCUGGACGCUCUCUAGUCUUGACCACGCAUUCUAUGGAAGAGGCUGAUGCUCUCGCGAAACGUGCCGGAAUUAUGGCGAAAAGGAUGCUUGCUCUUGGAACUACCGAUUAUCUGCGCAAACGACACGGUAACGCCUAUCAUGUCCACAUGGUCCAUAAGUCAGCCCCGCAUACGAGCAACGAAGAUAUGGAAAAGGUCCGCCGUUGGAUUAUAGACCAUCUUCCUGGCGCAUCUGUUGAACAGAAGACAUACCAUGGACAAUUACGAUUUAGCGUUCAAGCCUUGAAUUCACACUCUGAUGCGGUCUCAUCCGUUAACUCCAGGUCUGAUGACCCAGACAGGAUCGUACAUAGUUUUGGCGACGCUGGCGAGUCGAACAAACCUACGGACGGGCUACCUGCAAGCUCCAACAGCGCUAUGAACAAUACGGAGAGCGUCAGCGUCGGCAGAGUAUUUUCCCUUCUUGAAGCGAACCGACUAGACCUUGGAAUCGAAUUUUAUUCCGUCAGCCAGACUACGCUUGAUCAAGUAUUUUUGUCUAUUGUGGGAAAGCACUAUGUUGCAGAGGACGGUGAGGUCUCCUAA